CGAGCGCACCGCAACCGGCAAAGGUAUUCAGCCCUACAAAUAACCUGGGUGGCCUUUUCAGCCAGGCGGGCACACCAUCGGACACCACCUCGAGCAUGAGUUCAUUCAGCACCAGUGGUGCUCCGAACUUGCAGCUAAUGAGUCCCGAAUCGGUGGAUUCGGUGAUGCUAACCAUGUCACCAGUGGAUAUGAAUAAUCAUCGCAAUGGCAUUGGAGGUUUAGCGUGCGAUGCUACGCCGACGUCUGCCAACGGCAAUCUCAGCACUUUCAAGUCAAAUAAUCUCGUACCGGUGCCCACAAAGGGUAUGAAGGCCUCAGACAAUGGCAUACGGCCACAGCGUCCUAAGCCGCCAAACACUCUAAACUUAGACUUGCGCAAACCGCCCGCACCCCCAUUGCGCUGUUUCAAACCACUCACGCCCAGCAGUCCACUGCCAUCGGAUCAUGCAUUGAACUCAGCAAAUAACUUUACCGUAACUACAACGGUCACUUUCUCUAUGGAGAACAAUAACUCACCACAAUUUGUCGAGGUUACCACACCAGCCACAGCUACCAAUAUGAUCGCCUCAAGCGCGCUUAACUCGAAUGCGACUUUCCAAACUUUCUCGAAGCGCUUAUCUCCCGAGGGCGAGUGCAAGGAUACGCUCUCGUCACAGGGUUCUUCAAAUGGCAGCCGCUGGCAAUCACAGAGCAGCAAAGACUCGAAUCACAGCCAAAGGAAGAUUCUCUCACCAUGCUCGGCUGGCACACCCACAAGUGUUUUAGGCAGCAGUAGCAGUAAAUCGCGCCGAGCUAAGGCGCGCAAGGAAUCCAAACACUAUCAGGAGUCCGAUAUACUGGAAAGUCCACAGAUAUACUGCCGCAGCGCUUUGGGUGAUAAAAUUAGCGACUAUGAGGAUUUAUGGACCCAGGAGUCGAAUGAACGCACCGGCUUGCUUAGUAGCUUCAAGCCUGCGGAAGGCGCGCAGGCCACAAUCACUUCCCUCAGCGCCAACUUGCUUUCACCAGCCAACUCUUCCGUUGCUUCGGUCAGCCCGCCACACAAUUGCGAACCCUCGCCCACACCCACUGCCGAUGCCCCCUCUUGCGACACCCAACAGCUCAUACAAUUCUCGGCUGAUGCCCUGCCUCGUUCGCGCGCUGGCCUACUCUUGCCCGGCCUCAUGAGCCAAUCCCUUUCUGAGGAGCAAUUCAAAAUUUGCGAACUAAACGAGGGUGACACCACACCCACAGCAGACACGCCUGCCUCACGUAGCAAGCAAGGCAGCCCCUUCUAUGCCGAACCUGCCGACGCUUUGCGCGAAGCAGGUCUUACCACGGCUAGCAUACUACGACGUUCGCAACGUGGUCCACUCUUGCCCGCAAACCAUCGACAUUCAGAGCCGCCAAAAAGCGGUUUUGCGCGCACCCCUAUAUGCCCGCUGCUUAUACCCAAAGAAUUCGAAAAAAUCGCUGGCAGUCUAGAUGAGCUGAAGAAAAAACAGCAACAACCGGCAGAGCAACAGGCCUCAACACAGCCACAGCAACAGCAGCCCACAAAACGUGCACGUGCACGCUUUGAGCAAUGGCAGCUCGACAGCAGUUGGGAGUUUAUGGGCAAGCAAGAUGAGGAUGAUGAUUAUGAUGACGACGCAGAUGAACAUGCUGCCAGCAAUAACUAUGGCGAUUACGAUACGGCGGAACAGUGGCGUCAACAUCCUGCGGGCGCACAGGAAAAGGAAAACUCAUUGGGUCGCGAGGCCAACAAAGAGAAUAAGCAGAAGCCGCUGACGGUGCAUCAAAUAAUUGCAAAGCGUUUUCCCGAUUUAAAUCUGCCAGAGCUGGUGCGUUGCUCCACGCCACCACAGCAAACAUAUCUACAGCAGCAUCAAAACGGCCAAAUCGGUCAAAAGCUGUUAAGCGAACAUCAUGGCAGCCAGAAGUCCUUCGACAGUCAGACAGGUUCUCGACUCUCGUCGUACGACAAUGUCGGCGGCACUUAUUCCUUCUGUCAGUCAUUUUUCAACGGCAUCGAUUCAGCGCAGUCGGAUGAUGGCACUGUUUUUUCGGAGCCAUGGGACUCAUCACAGUGGGAUUCGAUUAAUCCGCAAGAUGAUACUACCAUCGCUUCGGACACAAUACACUUUUCGAAAUGUCGGCCAGUUGUUUCAGAAGACGAUACCAUAAUUGAAGAGCUGAGUACCAAAGAGAGCUGUCAAGACACAUUGAAGGCUAAGAAAUGUAAUGGACGACAAAAGGUCGCAACGAUAUUGCGAAAUCCAAGCAUGCGGGAUCGAGAAAUUUUGCGCCAUCCUCGCAACAAGCUGAAUGCGCACACUGGCGGACCAGGUGAUCUAGUGCGCGCCUGCACACUCCAACUCGCUCAAGAUCAGAGCUCAACUUUUGCGCGCAACGUAGAGAAUUUCAUCUCCUGCACGAAGGAGUCACGCGAGGCAGCGCCACAGGUUGUUAUGCGCAACAUGCGUCAAUUCAUGAACGGCAUGAAAAACUAUCUGGUGAAGCAUGGUGAGGGUAAAUUCCAUCAGGAAGUGGAAGCGGCGCGUUCACGCCUCAAAGCAGACGAAUUCCUCAAUUUGGACGCCAUACUCGAGACUGUGAUGCAUCAACUGGUUGUGUUGCCGCUGCGCGAACAUCUCUACAGCAUGUUCGUGGACUACUAUAAGCGCUCAGAAGACAUACAACUGCUGGCGCAGAAUGUUAAAUAUGCCUGCGGACGCAGCGCGACUGAUUUUGGCAUACGCGCCACAGUGACCCCGCCAUCAUCAACUUCGUUGCAAAUAAUUUCAGCGCUGUUGCAGCGCUUGCAGGAGGCCGAACUGCCGCUGGACAAAUUAGAGCUCUUCCUCUGCGUCAUCUCGACUAUUUUUGAAGCAACUGGCUGUCAGCGCGGCCAACAGCUAGGCGCCGAUGACUUUCUGCCCGUAUUGGUGUAUGUGGUGGCCAAAUGUGGGUUUGUAGGCGCUGAAAUAGAGGCUGAAUUCAUGUGGGGACUACUGCAGCCGACAUUGCUGAGCGGUGAGGCGGGCUACUACUUGACAGCGCUCUGCAGUGCAGUGCACGUACUCAAGAGCUUCAUGGCUUCGGAGAACGAAAAUGGAACAGGCUCGCUCGAUUGGCGCUCCUCUUCGUUGCCCGCCUGCUCUUCGGUGCUCCGCGUCAUCAUACCCGACGAGUGCAAUGGCUCGCUGCAGACGCGUACAUUGCCCGUGCGACCACACACCACGACACGCGAAGUGUGCCGCAUUAUUGCGCAUAAGGCGCGCAUCACAAACCCGCAAGACUAUGCGCUCUUCAAGCUCGUCGAUGGCGAAGAAACGCUGCUGAAUGAUGUUGAAUGCCCGCAGGACGUGCGUUUCUCUUCCAAAGGCAAGCAUUGUAUGUUGGCGUACAAGCGUAUAGACGCUAAGAUUGCAUGGCCAACAGCGACAUACUAGGCGCGGAAGGCAGAAGGCAUUUGACAAGUGUAAAAAAAAAAACGAAAAUUCAAAUAGCGCGAAAUAAAGCUCAGUGGCUGCAGGCAUAGCGUAUUUUUUACAGUAAAAAUAAUUUAAGACCCUCGGCUUCAUAGGGACGAAGCAAAAACAACCAAUCUGAUAUUUAGUUAAGCAGAAGAUUAAUUUUAAUUAUAUAGUUUUAAUUAAAAUCGAAUCAUAAUGCACCAUUGCUCACUAACCAUUCUCAUAAAGGGGAGUGUAAGCAUAGAUAUCAUAAAAAUGUAUGUAAUAUUUACGAUUAUACUAAACAGUAUUGCGAUAGUUUAAAAUUUAAGCGAAACAAACAAACUUACAUACAUACAUACAUAGUAAUAUUUUAAAGUGUUCUAAGUAUACAAUUUAUAUGAAAAUUGUAUGUUUGUGUUAAGUGAGACUAACGAACUCUUACUGCUGAUUUCACCAGCAAUUUAAGUGGAAAAUGAUUUUUAAUUUUCUGUCAAUUUCCAUAUAAAAAUCAAAAUAUUAAAAUCAUUUUUCACUUAAAUUGUUUUCGUGAAAUUUGCUGUUAAUGUAGAAAUUCGAAUUAAUUUUGUACAAUUGACGAACACUACCAAUUGCGUUUACAAAUCAAAACAAAAAAACUUAAAAAAGAAAAACCAAAAUAAAUAAAAUAAUGAUGAAAAAACUUUAAAAUUCGUUCAUAGAAAUUAAUAUUUAAACGCGAUGUGAAUAAAGAAUUAUCUACAGUUUUCCUUUCAUUUUGAAAUUCAGGUAAACAACAAAAGCAUAGAAAAAAGUAAAAAAAAAAUCAGUUUCAGAAGACAAAUCAAAAUUUCUUAAAGGCAAUGUGAACAUAGCAUUAUAUAUAAUCUUAUCAAAUGCAGAAAAUCGGCAUAAAAAGCAUGUAAAGAACUAAAAAAUAUAAGCAUAUUUAAGAAGAAAUUUUAAAUUCUUGCAGGAAGUAUGAAAUUACCAUUUUAUUUGCACUUAUCAAACGCCAGGAAAUGGUAAAGUAAGUAAAAAUUAAAAGUAAAUACCUACAAUAAAACGCAAAAAAAGAAUACAAACUAAAUACUAAAUAAAAAAAAUAAUUUACGUAUAACUUCUUGUAAAACCAGAAAAUAAACCAAAAAUUUCAAAAAACAUUGCCGCUAUAUAAUCUUAUGCGGAAAAAGUAAUAAUCUAAUAUUUAAGAAGUUUUACCGAUAUCGCUUCCUUGUAAAUGAAAGAGAAAAAAGUUCUGUUUAAAGUUAAAAGCUUUU